UUCCGGUGUUUUUUCGGCCAAAGCACACCGGGCAAUUGGCUUGUUGGCUUGCAGCUCAUUGGUCAUCUUAGUGUUGACUGAAGUACAACAGUUGCUGAAAUGACAAAUUUGAAGCUGAUAUCGGCAACCAACACACAGUAUUCAGCAGAAAUCCUGACGUCCUUGAAUGCGCAGCGAAGUCAUGGAUUGUUUUGCGACAUCACAGUCAUCAUACAGGACAAGAAAUUCAGAGCUCAUAAAACAGUCCUGGCUGCCUCAAGUACGUACUUUUACCAGCUCUUUACUGUUGCUGGACAAGUGGUUGAGCUGAACUUCGUCAGACCAGAAAUCUUUGAGCAUAUUCUCACCUACAUUUACAGCUCCAAAAUCGUGCGUGUUCGCUCUGACAUGCUCGAGGAGCUCAUAAAGGCUGGACAAGUACUGGGAGUGAAGUUUAUUGCAAACUUGGCUUUACCUCUAUCCCAGGUGAAAGGUAUUUCUGGUUUGUCUAAAGAGACAGGACAGAAAAACGAGACCUCUGAAGAGAAUAUGCCAGUCAUCACAGAGUCCUUCUCCAUUUCUGCAGAGGAAUUCAACCAGUCAAACAAAUCUGCAGGAAAUGAGGACGACUCGGAUGACGUUGUGUUCGUCUCACAUACAGAUGCUCAAAGCAGAGCAGCCAGACAAACGGCCCACUCUGAAAUUAUAGAUUUGGAUGCGAUAGAAUCAGAAAAUGUGACAUCAAAACAAAAUUCUGAAUUAAAUAAUGGUGUUGGAGCACAUGCAAACAAAGCCACAACCCCCCUGAGAAUGAACUCUGCAAAGCCUCACAACGUGCCAGAGAACAGCCCUCUCCGUAGCCCUGACAGCAGCUCCAACGUUUCGUCUUCCUCUGCCAAAAUCUGCACAGGAAGUGUUCCUUCAGUGCAGGCCAGAUCAGACCACCUCACCUCUGGACCACCCAGUGCCGCUAACUCCUCUGAAAGCAACGACGUAAUGGGAGUCCACAAGAAGCAAGUCACUACUUCAUCCCUAACGGGGGAUUCCAAGAUAAGGCUUUUAGAUGUUGUUGAUGCCUCAGUACCUGUAGCUAACACUGAAAAGCUGCAAACGCCAGAUAUGCAAACGGUGACCUUCAACACACCCACAGAAAUGGAUUCUUUGUCAUCAGGCUGUAAAGUGUAUGCUAAUAUUGGCGAAGAUACUUUUGAUAUUGUCCCAGUGAAGGAUGAUCCAGGGGAAGGAGGCUCUAAAGCCAAUAAAGGCAAGAGAUCCUUUAUGGCAACGCCCUUGAAAGCCUCCGAUACACCACCUUUGCCAACAGAACUUGGACCAAACAGGAAGAGGAACAAAACUGAGGUUGAGGACCAUUAUGAGCUGGUCAUGGAUGGAAAGACAUUCUUUGUUUGCAUCAUCUGUAAGCGUCCCUACGUGUGUCUGACCAGUCUGCGUCGUCACUUCAACACUCACUCGUGGGAGAAGAAGUACCCGUGUCACUACUGUAACAAGGUCUUUGCCCUGGCUGAAUACAGAACUAAACAUGAGAUCCACCACACAGGAGAGAGGAGGUACCAGUGCCUACUGUGUAACGACACGUUCCUUAACUACCAGUUACUCUCCUCGCACUGCAAGUCGGUCCACAACCAGGAUCCGAGUGGGAGGAAGGAGAAGGAAGAUGGCGAGAACAACUUAUACCGCCUGCUGCCAUGGCAGAAAAAGAUGAACACGUGGGUUUCGGACGAAUCGGAGGUUCCUCUCCUAUGUGACGAUGGCAGCAUGAAUCACAUAAACACAGACAGUGAUGCUGUUCUCCCGUCCACCCAAAAGUUGAACUGGGACAGCAUGUUUAUCAACACUCACCCGCAACCGGAGGCCGAGACUCAACCAGGCUCGACUGUGAAGUCCGCUCCACAGGGAGGCACAGAGUUUGAGUAUAUUACACCAGAAAUGUACUAAAGAACAGUGGCCUUUUAGGCGCCCACUCACUUUUUACCUUUCAGUUGAAUCUCAACAGUCAUUUAAUGCAUUUACAACUUUGGGCUUUAUUUUUAGAAUCUGAUGGUUUUCUAGAUUUUAUUUUUUUAU